GAGAGAGAGAGAGAGAGAGAGACUCCUGCAGCAGCAAAACCACUCGGGAGGAGCCUUUUACCGGCCCGCCGGCCCCGCGCGCGUUUGGCGCCGCUUCCCAGGCUUGUCAGGCUGAUGGACUGCUUCGACUGGGACAGGAGGAGAGGUGCGGCCGGCGCUGCCUGGCGAGAGUAAAUAUUAUGACGCGUUGGCCCCGGCGUCGCACUGAGACUCUGCUCUGUCACAGGGAGAGGUGAGCGUGAGAUGACGAGAGGCCUCAGGGUGUGAGGCCAUGGGCUGCACCUCGGCCAAGCAGGUGUCGGCCGUGCCCAGCGAUGAGGAGGGACACGGCAAGGCCUACAGCAACGGAGACCUCUUCACCGACGAAUACAAGAUGAAGGGAGUGGAGGAGGUGAAGUACAUGAGAGGGGAAGAAACCCGGCUGAAUGCACGCAACCAGGAGAACCUGGAGAAGAGCAAUGUGCAGUACAGGGGCAAACCGCAGAAAGAGGUCUCUUCGGCAAACAUCAAGUCCAACAUUCACAGGUCAGAGAGCCAGCAGGAAUUUUUCAAGAUGCUGGAUGAGAAGAUAGAGAAGUGA